AUGUUCUCUUCGCCCCGGGCCCGGAACAACGCGCUGCUGGUCUUUUCCGCCGGUGCAAUCGCGGCCAAUGCCCUCCUGUAUGGUCGCUUCACCGGCCCGACCAAGACGGAUGCCCCUGUCGACGCCGCCGCCGCCGCCGCCGCCGCCGCCGCCGCCGGUCCUUCUCCCCCGACCGGGCCCUUCCUGCAUGAGCCGCCCGCCCGGCCGACCCCGGUGACCGGGUACUCGCUGCCGGUGGCCGGCGAUGCACCGGCCGGGGCCAACCUCCGUGCCAACCUCUACAAUGAGCGCGAGUGGGAUUGGAACUGGGAUGGCCGCCACGAGCAGUACCUGGCCCGAGUGGCGGACUUGCGCGAGCGCGAGCGCGCCGAAGGCCUCAAGGAGGGGACCCUCUCGCGGCGGCGCCCAUCGCACCAUGUGCUGCUCAUUCGCCAUGGACGCUACUACCAGGAUGAGAGCCAGAGCCACCGGCGGAUGUUGGACAUCGUCGGCGUGGCUCAGGCCAAUCUCCUGGGCAACCGCCUGUCGGGCCUGCUGACGGCCAGCCGGCCGCCGGUCACCGGCGAAGAGGCCCCCCUGUCCACGGUGCCGGCCCUGCACAGCUGCAUGCCUCUGGCCGUCAAGACUUGCGAUGCCAAUGUCCGGCUGUACAGCAGCGACGCCCCGCGGGCUUUGCAAACCGGCCUCAUUGCCCGGCAUCAGGCCCUGAUUGCGGCCAACGCCCAGACCGGCGGCUCACGCGUGCCCCUCAACAUCGUCGUGGAUGCCGACCUGCGCGAGGGGUUCCCCUGCGUGCCGGGCCCCAUCCCGGACAAUGCCAACGGCGCGCGCGAGAUGCGCCAGUGGACCCGGCGCAUGGGCAAGGCCUACCUGGCCGAGGAGCCGCUCAAGCUGGAACGCGCCUUCCGCCGGUACAUCCACCGGCCGGCCAGCGACCAGACCGUCGACACGGUGGAUGUCAUCUUCUGCCAUGCCAAUGUCAUUCGCUACUUCACCACUCGCGCCAUGCAGUGGCCUUCCAGCGACUGGCUGCGCAUGCUGAUCCCCCACACCUCGAUCACACAGCUGACCAUUCGCCCAGACGGCCGGGUGACCCUCUCGGCGCUGGCGGACUCGGCUCACACCCAGGCCUGGCCACUGCUGCACACGACGGCCGGCCACACGGACGACCACUCGCCGACCGACGAGUCCCGCUCGCCGGACAGCCUCGGUGCUCACAUCCACCGCGACGAGCACCUCCAGGCGGGCAACCCCUCUUCGGAGGUGGCCGCCGCGGCGGCCCUCUCCGCCAUGCACACCGGCAACAUGCGCAUGCCGGGCGUGGUGGGCGGCUCCCAUGGGCUGGUUGACGUCAUGCCGGACAUUGUCAACCUCGGCUUCGGCGGCGGCGGCAUCUGCUCCUACAUCUCCAGCGGCAAGUCUUCCCUCAGUGAGAUCGACGAAGCCCCGGCCUCCGAGGCCGACAUCUCCUCGCUGGAGAAGGUCAAGAAGUGAGUGUCACGUGAGCGACUGCCCACGGAUCUCGCCCCCCGGAACGUCGCCCGGCGGCCGCCAGUCUUCUUCCUGUUGCACGGAUGGGAUGCGGGGGGAUGCGGGGGGAUGCGGGUGCGCACCGCAAGGAUGCCUGCCCGUGUGCCGAUGGCCCUGGACGCAGGUUGUGCGUGCACCCGCCCACCGGUCUCACACCCCCGCCGCUGGGCGGGGGCGAGAAACAACAACAAUCAUCAUAAUACACCAGGCGUGUGUGCCUCAUUUUGCUUCC